UAGAAUCUAAUUACUGAAAUCUAUAUAUUCCUUAAAAGUCCAAUAAAGAACACAACUUCAUUCUUUAUUGUCCCCUAUGACUAACAAACAGUACAUUUUAGCCCCACUCCAUGAUUGACCUCUUAGAUUUGUAGAAAAAUAGAGGCUAAAGACUCAAGCUUACUCAAAGAUCGAUGCAGAUUUGAAUGUGGGUCACUCCAAUUUAUUGAAAUCUCAGCUUAAUUCUUGAAUUUGAACCAAAUAGCAAAACCCCCAAUUCUUGAAAGCAACGUGGUAACUGAAAAUCUCUGUAAAAAUUCACACUUUCUGUCCAUUCUGUAGCUUUAUUAUCAAGAAUAUUGAGACUCCAUCACACCAACCAUCACUAUUUUUCACCAAUUCCAUCAUCACAAUCGUAUAGGGUAUAAAGGGGCGGGGGUGGAUUGGGAUGAAAUGAUAAAAAUGGCAGCUGUUUCAGUGGGAAAUGGGAAUGAGGUAUGGAGAGCUCAUGGAACAAUGGCGAUGAUACAGCUUUUGUAUGGUGGGUACCAUGUGAUUACCAAAGUGGCACUCAAUGUGGGAGUGAAUCAAAUUGUGUUCUGCUUGUAUAGGGAUCUUCUUGCUCUAUCUAUUCUUGCACCAGUCGCCUAUGUUCGCGAAAAGAGGUCGAUGAUUCCUUUGAAUAGGCGGCUUCUACUAUCAUUCUUCUUUCUAGGAUUAACUGGUAUUUUUGGGAACCAACUUUUGUUUCUUAUUGGUCUUGGUUAUACAAAUCCAACUUAUGCUGCAGCCGUGCAACCUGCAAUACCAGUCUUCACAUUCAUAUUUGCAGUAUUGAUGGGUACAGAAACAGUGAAGGUUUUUACUGUGGAAGGUCAAGCGAAGGUUGGAGGUACAAUUGUUUGUGUUUCUGGGGCAAUCCUAAUGGCCAUCUUCCGUGGACCUGUGGUGUUUGGAGACAAAGGCUCAGAAUUCAUACACAGUGAUAUAAGUGCUAGGGGUCAGCCAGAGCCUACUGGAUGGUUAAUGUCAAGUUUUCAGGAGUUGGGGUUUGAUGAUUGGCACCUUGGUGUUUUAUGCUUAAUAGGAAACUGUAUGUGCAUGGCAGCAUACCUAGCCAUUCAGGCUCCAGUUUUGGCAAAAUACCCUGCAAGUAUAUCAGUGACUGCAUAUUCAUACCUGUUUGGUUGUCUUUUAAUGGUAGCAACAGCCUUCUUGGUGACCGAUGAGUCAACCGACUGGAACUUGACACAAUCUGAAGCUUUUGCCGUGUGCUAUGCUGGAAUUGUUGCAUCUGCUCUGAACUACGGAAUGUUGACAUGGUGCAAUAAGAUUCUUGGCCCUUCUAUGGUUGCAUUAUACAAUCCACUUCAACCUGCUGCGUCAGCAUUUCUAUCAAAAGUUUUCCUUGGGAGCCCUAUUUAUCUUGGAAGCAUAUUUGGAGGACUUCUCAUUAUAUCUGGGCUUUAUUUGGUAACUUGGGCAUCUUACAGACAAAGGCAAGCAGCCAUUGGAAUUGAUCCUCAUGCUUCUCGGUCAUCGGAUCCUCCAAUCACAUAUCAAUUAGGACACCUUUUUUCAGUCCCUCCUUCCUCAAUACCAAAGAUCAUUGAUUAGGUAUAUUCAUAUUGAAGUGACAAUUUUAUCAAACUUUUUUCCUGCAUUAGUCAGGAAGUAUACAGAAACUCUUUCACCUCAGUUGUUUCUGCUAUUAAUUUAUACCUUAAAAGCUUGUUGAA